UUUUUUUUUUUUUCUCAUUUUUCAUUUUCUCAUUUUUUUUUCUGUCUGUAUAUAAAUUACCAUCAAUUUCCAUCAAAAAGUUUUUUUCUGGAAAGAAAAAAAAAUUGAUCCGGAUAUCGCGAUGCGAUUGGUUGAAAAUAAUCAAUUUACAGUUUAAGUUAUUUGUUUACAAGUUAUACCAUUUUUUACAAUUUAAAAAUUUAUUUAUAAAUAGAUCUUAAAUUUUACACUUUUCCCAUUUUUAAUUUGGGGGAAUUUUAUCAUAGUAUUAUAUGCAGGUUUUUGCCCUCAUUAAAAUAGAAUAAUCAUAAUCAUGUCAGAUAUAGUACCUGAUACCAAUACUCCAGUUCAAACUCCUUCAUCGGAUGGUAACUUUUUCCAAAAGUCUGACGAUCAUCAUCAUAAUCAUAAUCAAUCAUCUCAAAUUGAUCUUCAAUCUCAAUCUCAAUUACAAUCUCAAUCAUCUCCUUCAAAUCAAUCUCAACCAUCUCAAGAAGGUGGUGUUGCCAAACUGGAUAUAAUAGAACCUGAAAAACCCCUUUCCCCUCCUAAUCCAUCUCCAACUCCUGAAAAGAGAGUGGCAGAUAUUGAUAUAGAUACCAUUCAUGAAUCUAAAAAGUUGAAACUUGAUGAAACUGUACAAAAUGGUGAUGAUGAUGAUGUAUUACCUAUAACUAAUGAUAUAGAAUCAAAUAGUAGCAAUACUGCCACUGCCACAGAAGCAGCUCCAUCUGGCACUACCACCGACGCCACAGAAGUCCCAUCCUCAUCCGCUCCAGUAUUAACACCCGCUCAAAUAUUUACCACUCCAGCUCCAAAACCUGCUCCUGAACCUGAUAUGAAUAAUUUACCUCAAAAUCCAAUUCCUCCUCAUCAAUCAAAAUUCGCCCUUAAUACCAUCAAAGCCAUAAAAAGAUUAAAAGACGCAGCUCCAUUUUUACAUCCUGUUGAUAUCGUUAAAUUAAAUAUCCCCUUUUAUUAUAAUUAUAUUCCAAGACCUAUGGAUUUAAGUACCAUUGAAAAAAAAAUUACCGCCAAUGCUUAUGAAGAUCUGAAUCAAAUUGUCGAAGAUUUUAAUCAAAUGGUUUUCAAUUGUAAGAAAUUUAAUGGAGAAAAUUCAGGUAUAUCUAAAAUGGCAGAUAAUAUUCAAGCUCAUUUUGAAAAGCAUAUGUUAAAUUUCCCUCCUAAAAUCUUAGCCAAUAAUGCUGCUGUGGUUAAUGUUAAUAAUGUCAAUAAAAGAAAAUCAACGGUUGAAUCAGAUAUCACAAGAAGAGAAUCAGUGGCUGCUCAUCGUCCUAAGAGAACUAUUCAUCCUCCAAAAUCAAAAGAAUUACCUUAUGAUGUAAGACCACGUAAAAAGAAAUUUGCCGCUGAAUUAAGAUAUGCUGCUCAAACUGUUAAAGAAUUAAUUUCUAAAAAGCAUUAUAGUUAUAAUUUCCCUUUUAUUGCUCCUGUUGAUCCAGUAGCUUUAAAUAUUCCUAAUUAUUUUUCAGUAGUUAAACAACCAAUGGAUUUAGGUACCAUUCAAUCAAAAUUAGCCAAUAAUGAAUAUGAACAUGGUGAUGCUUUUGAAGCUGAUGUUCGUUUAGUAUUUAAAAAUUGUUAUAUCUUUAAUCCAGAAGGUACUGAUGUUAAUAUGAUGGGUCAUCGUUUAGAAUCGGUAUUUGAUAAGAAAUGGGCUAAUAAACCAAUUCCUGAACCAACUCCUGCUAAUUCUGAAGUUGAAGAAUCAGAAGUUGAAUCAAGUGGGGAAGAUGAAGAUGAACCUGAAAUUAAUGAAGCUAUGCUUUCUGAAAUUCCUGCUAUUCAAUUAUUAGAAAAUCAAUUGAUUAGAAUGAAAAAAGAAUUAGAUCAAUUAAAGAAGGAACAUUUAAAGAAAUUAAAAGAACAACAAGCAGCAAGAAAAAAGAAGAAGAAGACUAAAAAGUCAACUAAAAAGAAAAGUGUUAGUGGUUCAUCAUCAACUAAUCCUCCUGCUCCAUCUACACCUGUUGUUACUUAUGAAAUGAAAAAACAAGUUAGUGAAAUGGUUCCCAAUCUUUCUGAUAAAAAAUUACAAGCUCUUAUUAAAAUCAUUAAAGAUGAUAUUGAAAUUAGUGAUGAAGAUGAAGUUGAAUUGGAUAUGGAUCAAUUAGAAGAUCGUACUGUUUUAAAAUUAUAUAAUUUCUUAUUUGGUAAAAAGGCUUCAGCAAAUUUAGCUAAAAAUAAAAAGAAGAAGUUAAUUUCAAAUAAUAGUAUGGAUGAAUUGGCUCAUUUAAGAAGUCAAUUAGCUUUAUUUGAUGAUGAUUCAUCUCAUCAAUCUUCAAUUGGUGGUGGUAAUAAUAAUAAUGGAUUUAUGAAUAUAGGUAAUACUCAAGAAUCAUCUGAUGAUGAUGAUGCUUCAUUUGAAAGUUCAGAAGAAGAAUAGGUUAAAACAUAAAGGAAAUAAUAAUCAAUAAAAAUCUCCUUCCCUGUCAUUAAUAGUAAUAAUAACUAAUAAUAAUAAAUUAAUAAUUAAUCAUAGCAAUAAUUCGAAAAAACAAAAAAUCAUAUAACAUCAUACAUCCCCCCCCUCCCUCCCCCUUGUAUAAAGUAGUAGAAUCAGAAUAAUACUGAUAUUAUUCUAAUAUGGUUUGGUUAUAUUGAUUUGGAUUUAAUGUUGUCAUUAAUGUAGUAUAAAUAGGUUUUUACUUUCUUUUUCGGUAUA